AUGUCACUGGCAGUGAUCAGUGUUACAUCACAAUGUUAUUCAUCAUCCAGCAUUAAGUAUGCCACCAGUGGCAAACAACUCACUGUCAAUGGACAGACCAUGGCCGUGCAGGGAAUUGCCUGGUUCGGUCUGGAAACCAACACAUUCUCUCCGGGCGGUCUCAGAUCAACCAGUGUCGAAGCCCUUCUGGACAUCCUGGUGGCCCAGAAAUUCAAUGUGCUCCGUAUCCCAUUCUCUGUGGACAUGAUCCUCAAGCCAAGAAUGCCAACUGCAAUUGACUACAACCUGAAUCCAAACCUUGCUGGAAAGACUGGAUUCCAGGUGAUCGAAUAUAUUACCAAGGCUUGUGGAGAUAGAGGUAUCCUUGUUGUUAUGGAGUUACAUCGUUUCGAUCCAAACGACUACAUCUCUGAGCUUUGGUACACCACCAGCUGUCUCAACAACAUUGAUGGCCAAUGCAUCAACUACACCACCCAAAUGGUCAUUGAUACCUGGAUUACUGUUACCAAUCAAUUGAAGAAAUACUGGAACUUCUGGGCCGUCGAUGUCAAGAAUGAGCCACAUGGAGCUGCCACAUGGGGCACUGGCAACACAAACACUGAUUGGAACACUGCCUUUAUCAACAUUGCCAACUCAAUUCAGAGUGCUACAUCAUUCAAUGGUGUCUACUUCAUUGAGGGUAUUGAGAAUAAUGCCGGAUCUUUGUGUUCCCCAAGCUCUGGUAACUGGUGGGGCGGCAACUUGUCGCCACAGCAAUGUUUCCCAGUGUUCCUUGCCACACCAAACAAGGUUGUCUUCACCCCACACACCUACUGUUCAUCCGUCUCUGAUCAGCCAUACUUCAAUGAUGCCAACUAUCCAAACAACAUGCCAGCUGUCUGGGAUGCCAGCUUUGGUUUCCUCAGAAACAGAAACUCGCCAAUGGUCGUAGGAGAAUGGGGAUGCGCUACCAAGAACAACAAGAACGUCCAAUGGGUCAACGCCUUCACCAACUACCUCAAGUCCACUGGUCAGACCAACCACAUCUACUUCUCCCUCAACCCAGAUUCAGCCGACACUGACUCGAUCCUUGGUUUGGACUGGAAGACUGUCAACUCGAAUGUGGCCAGCUAUCUGAGCAACAUUGGAACCAACCCAACCAAGUUCACUGUGUUCAAUGACCAAGUGUGUCUAGGAAACUCGCAGCCAUCAACCACCACUGCUCCAGCGACCACCUCGUCGUCAACUACCGCUCCAGCAACGACCUCAUCGUCAACCACUGCUCCAGCUACCACCUCAUCAUCGACCACUGCUCCAGCCACUACCUCCUCUUCCACAACUGCUCCAGCCACCACCUCAUCGUCGACCACCGCACCAGCUACCACUUCAUCAUCAACCACUGCUCCAGCAACCACCUCAUCAUCCUCCACUACCGCUCCAGCUACAACUUCAUCGUCCACAACUGCCCCAGCCACUACCUCAUCAUCGACAACUGCACCAGCUACUACUUCCAGCUCUACAACUGCUCCAUCCACUACAACUGGAUCGACAACAACUGGAGGCAACCCCAAGCCAAUUACCAUCACUCAGUCACUGACAUCAUCAUGGACUGAUGGUGCUGGUAAGCCAUGGGGAGUGUACAACUGCUACAUCACCAACACUGGACCAACUCCACUGAACAAUGUACAGCUCAAGGCUACACCAAAUGUCAACCCAUACCAGUCAUGGGGCGCCUUUGUCCCAGCCAACGUCGGUGGCCAGUACAUCUGGUCUGCCCAGUCAUGGUCCAAUCCACUGCCACCCAACCAAGCCAUCAACUUUGGCUACCAAAUCCAAUCGGCUUCGCCAAUCUCAUUCACCGUGCUCUAA